UACGGGAAUCCUCUUGGGACGGUGAAAUAAUUCGAUCUCACCUUACAACUCCUUAUCUUUAGUUACACAACGUGAUACCAAUCAUCGCAAUGUCAGCAUCGGGUGCUGCAUCGUCAUCGGCGCAGGCGACGGGAGCCGCCCGUCUCCUUCAGCGACAGCUCAAGGAGAUGCACACGUCGUCGGAUCCGUCUGGUAUCUCGGUCGGAUUGGCCAAGGAGAACAAUGUCUUCGAGUGGGAAGUGAUCCUUAUGAUUAACGACGAUUGCAAGUACUAUGGAGGCGCCAACUUCCGAGCCGUUAUGACCUUCCCUCAGGAAUACCCUCACCUGCCUCCUAAGAUCGUCUUCCAGACCCCGAUUCCUUUCCACCCCAACAUCUACCCGAACGGCGAACUUUGCAUCUCGAUCUUGCAUCCGCCUGGAGAGGACAAGUACGGUUAUGAGAGCGCCGCCGAGCGCUGGAGUCCCGUCCAGACUCCGGAGACCAUCCUCCUGAGCGUCCUCAGUCUCUUCAACGAACCCAACGACGAGAGUCCCGCCAACCUCGACGCCGCGAAGCUGCUGCGGGCCGAGCGAGAAGGUGGCCCGAAGGACUUCAGAAAGAUGGUGCGAAAGUGUGUCCGAGAGAGUCUGGGCGAAGAUUAACUGCGCAAAUGGACCGAAUCGAUUGGAAUUCGCGGCCGCGCAGUGGUAUCCGAAGCAUUAUGCCAAUUCACGAUCCCGAUUCAACGACAACUAAGAGACAAUUUUAGGGAAACGCCUUCGAGUUGAAUUUCGUGGAUCUCG